AAAAAAAAAAAUGCACUACUGGGUGCUGCGAGGUCUGCUGCUGCUGCAUCUGGUCGCGGCCGCGCUCAGCCUGUCUACCUGCAGCACGCUGGACAUGGACCAGUUCAUGCGUAAGAGGAUCGAGGCGAUCCGCGGGCAGAUCCUGAGCAAGCUGAAGCUCACCAGCCCCCCGGAGGACCACCCCGAGCCCGAGGACGUGCCCGCCGAGGUGAUCUCCAUCUACAACAGCACCAGGGACCUGCUGCAGGAGAAGGCGAGCCGCCGGGCGGCCGCCUGCGAGCGCGAGCGCAGCGACGAGGAGUACUACGCCAAGGAGGUGUACAAGAUCGAGAUGCCGCCCUUCUACCCCGCCGAAACUGUCUGCCCAGUUGUCACAACACCCUCUGGCUCAGUGGGCAGCUUGUGCUCCAGACAGUCCCAGGUGCUCUGUGGGCGCCUUGAUACCAUCCCGCCCACUUUCUACAGACCCUACUUCAGGAUUGUCCGAUUCGACGUCUCAGCGAUGGAGAAAAAUGCUUCUAAUUUGGUGAAAGCGGAGUUUAGAGUCUUUCGUUUACAGAACCCCAAAGCCAGGGUGGCCGAACAACGCAUCGAGCUGUACCAGAUCCUCAAAUCCAAAGAUUUGACGUCCCCGGCCCAGCGCUACAUCGACAGCAAAGUCGUGAAGACCAGGGCAGAGGGCGAAUGGCUGUCCUUCGACGUGACGGAUGCUGUUCACGAAUGGCUCCACCACAAAGACAGAAACCUGGGAUUUAAAAUAAGUUUACAUUGCCCCUGCUGCACCUUCGUGCCGUCUAACAAUUACAUCAUCCCCAAUAAAAGCGAAGAACUAGAAGCAAGAUUCGCAGGUAUUGAUGGCACCUCCACAUAUACCAGUGGUGAUCAGAAAACUAUAAAGUCCACUAGGAAAAAAAACAGUGGGAAGACCCCACACCUCCUGCUAAUGUUGUUGCCCUCCUACAGACUGGAGUCACAACAGUCCAAUCGGCGGAAGAAGCGUGCUCUGGACGCAGCCUAUUGUUUUAGAAAUGUUCAGGAUAAUUGCUGCCUGCGUCCUCUUUACAUUGAUUUCAAGAGGGAUCUUGGGUGGAAAUGGAUCCAUGAGCCCAAAGGGUACAACGCCAACUUCUGUGCUGGGGCGUGCCCGUACUUAUGGAGUUCAGACACUCAGCACAGCAGGGUUCUCAGCUUAUACAAUACCAUAAAUCCAGAAGCAUCUGCUUCCCCUUGCUGCGUGUCCCAGGAUUUAGAGCCGCUAACCAUUCUCUACUACAUCGGCAAAACACCCAAGAUCGAACAGCUUUCUAACAUGAUCGUAAAGUCUUGCAAAUGCAGCUAAGAUUCUUGGAAACGUGGCAAGACGAUAAUCACGCGAUGACGGUGAUGAUGACGGUGAUGAUGAUGAUGAUGAUGAUGAUGAUGAUGAUGAUAUGACAACAACCAAGGCCACGUGUGUAACAAGAAACGUAAGAGAGCCUCGCUUCAUCAGUGUUAAAAACCAAUUUUGAAAAAGCGGUACUAGUUCAAACACUUUGGAAGUUUGUGUUCUGUUUGUUAAAACUGGCAUCUGAAACAAAAAAAAAAAUGUCGAAGGCUUUAUUCCACAUUUCACCUACUCUGUACGUGAGAGAGACAAGAAGCAAAACCUUUUUUUUUUUAAGAAAAAAUAAACACUGGAAGAAUUUGUUAGUGUUAAUUAUGUGAAAGAAAAAAAAAAAAAAACAGGAAAAUCCCGUUAAGUGGACUUGCUGUACAUACGUUCCUAUCCCAUGCCUCACUUGAUUUUUCUGUAUUGCUAUGCAAUAGGCACCCUCCCCUUCUACUCUUAGAGUUAACCAUGAGUUAUUUAUUGUGUGUUACUAUAUAAUGAACAUUUCAUUGCCCUUGGAAAAUAAAACAGGUGUAUAAAGUGGAGACCAAAUCCUUUGCCAAAACUCAUGGAUGGUUUAAGGAACUUGAACUCAAACGAGCCAGAAAAAAAGAGGUCAUAUAAACAGGAUGAAAACCCAAGUGUGUGAUUGUAUGACCAAGCGAGUCUGCAGUAAGAUAAAGACCCCAAAAACACAUGCUAUGUACCAACUGCUUAAGGAAGCUUCCUGUAAGUUUCAAAACUGAAAAGCCUGUUAAUAAAGGAAAUUUUCAGUCAGAAUAA